AUGAGAUACAGCGAGUAUAAAUACAGGAUGAGAGGGCGAUCUUCACUCCUCUCUCUCUCUCUGAUGAAGAUGAUGGCAGUGAUGAAGGUGAUUUUGAUGAUGAUGAUGAUGAUGACAGCGUCAGUCUCUGCUGCUCCUCAUUCCCCAAUUCUUGACUCAGUCAGUCGAGAUGAAAACAUCACCAUGACUCCUAAACUGCACAGGGACGCAUGGGAAAACUCCACCAGCUUUGAGCCCGGUCCAGACAUGAACUCAACAUCUCCAGAGAUACACUAUCAGCCAAAAGUGGACCCUCACAUAGGAAGCAGCGUAAGGAUUAACUUCUGUCCCACCUGUGGGACCGUAAACCUGGGCUCUGACUUACAGCGUGGAGAUGAGAAGGCGGGCGAUAAAACCAAAGACCCCACAGGCCCGGGAAAAUAACCGGAAGCAGCUGCUCACUGCUGAAUCCACAGGUCGUGAUGAUGAUAAGUCUCUCUGAACGCCAUGAAACCCUGCCAUGUGUCAACAGAUAACAGAAGAACCACCUUAAGAAAAUAAAUAAAGAAAUCAACAUGUUGACCUCUGAGUGUAACACCCACACUAAACACCAGGAGGCAGCAACACCACACUGUGUCAAAUCACUGCUGUUCUCUGAUAAAUACUGUUUUGUGAUAUGAACACUACAUAUCCCAUGAUUCUGUCUGUCACGCCUGAAAAUGAUGUAGCUACCUAAACUGUGAUUGAUUUGCUUAUCAUAAUGAAUUCAGAGAAAAACAACUAAAAUAAAACUUACAUUAA